UACCAGAACCAGUCAUCCUCCUCCUCCUCUUACAGAGUUUCACAAGUUUAACGAAAAGGAUCAACCAAAAUUCGACUAAUCGGUGCAAAGAAAUACUUAAGCAAUGAAAAAUCUCUUAUCAUUCCUCUUUUUCUUCAUACUCAUACCUCUGUUUUCCCGAAAGUCCAUUGCAGACGAUAGUCUAAGAAAACGCCAAUCCAUUAACGACACCCAAGUAAUUAUUUCAGCCUCCCAAAAGUUUGAAUUGGGGUUCUUCAAUGAACCCAAAGCCUCCAAUUUGAAGUAUUUAGGAAUAUGGUACAAGGGCAUUCCCGACGUCGUCGUCUGGGUGGCGAACAGAGACAACCCAAUUGUAAACUCCUCUGCUUCUUUAACUUUCAGUGAAGAUGGAAACUUGGUUCUCAUCAAUCAAACAGGUUCCCAUCUUUGGUCUUCAAACUCCACAAGAUCAAUUCGAAAUCCCGUCGGUCAACUGCUUGAUACUGGCAAUUUGGUGUUGAGAGAUUCAAAUUCGAAGUCUAAAUAUUAUGAAUGGCAGAGUUUUGAUUAUCCCUCCGAUACUCUGUUACCGGGUAUGAAACUCGGGUGGGACUCUAGAACAGGUCUUAACCGAAAAUUAACAUCUUGGACAAGUCCAGACAAUCCAUCAUUAGGAGAAUUCAGUUUUAGCAUCAAUACAAAUGGGCUUCCUCAAUUCCUUGUUAGUAAAGGAAACAAGACUAUGUACAGAGGUUGGCCUUGGUUUGAUCAUGAUUUUGGACAGGGUUAUGGUAAUGGGUUUGAUUACAAUCUCGUCUUUAAUACUUCCAUGGAGAUAUCAUUUUCAUAUCGUUAUUCAGAAAACAGCCGUACAAGAAUUGUGAUGGAUUCAAGUGGGUCGAUAUAUCGAUAUGUGUGGAGCGAUGUAGAAGAAGAAUGGCACAAAGAAUUCACAUUUGAUGGAGCUGGUUGCAACGACUAUGACUUGUGUGGAAAUUUUGGUAUUUGUAGCUCUGUAGUAACAGCAAGUUGCGAUUGUUUAUAUGGGUUUAAACCAAUCUCAACACAAAACUUUUCAAAUGGGUGCAUCAGAAAAGAUCCAGAGAUCUGCAAAGCUGGAGAUGGGUUUAAAGUGAUGAGUAAUGUGAAAUGGCCUGAUUCUACAGGGGAUUUGGUGAAAAUGAAACUGGAUAUUCAAGAUUGUAAAGCAGAAUGCUUGAAGAAUUGCUCUUGUUUAGCAUAUGGAACAGUGGAAAUUCCUAAAAUUGGCAAUGUCUGUGUCAAUUGGUUUCAUAAAUUGAUUGAUGUUAGAUAUGUUCGUGAGGUUGGGUCUGGAGAUGAUCUCUACGUGAGAGUUGCCGCUUCAGAAUUAGAAUGGGAUGAUGAAAAGCGUAGUGUUGCUGUGGUUGUGGUUGUGCCGAUCGUAUCAGUGAUAAUCUUUUUGGCUUUAGUUAGCGGCUGCUGUCUUAUCAGGAGAAGAGCUAGCGGUAAUGAUCUAGUUGUUAUAGAGCUCCCAAUUCAAGAAAAUAACCUUGAGAUGCCUAUUACUGUUCUUGAAGCUGCUACGGAAAAUUUCUCUAUUUCUAACAAGAUAGGAGAGGGUGGUUUUGGACUUGUUUACAAGGGAAAGCUUCCAAGUGGGCAAGAAAUUGCUGUAAAAAAACUAGCAGAAAGAUCAGGUCAAGGGUUGCAGGAGUUCAAAAAUGAAGUCAUUUUCAUUUCUCAACUUCAACAUCGAAAUCUUGUCAAGCUUCUUGGUUUUUGCAUCCACGAGGAAGAUAUAUUACUAAUCUAUGAGUACUUGCCAAACAAAAGUUUGGACUGCUUCCUUUUUGAUGACCAAAGGCGUUCUAUACUCAAUUGGUCAAUGAGAAUUGAUAUCAUAAUUGGCAUAACUCGAGGACUUCUAUAUCUCCAUCAAGAUUCGAGACUUCGAAUAAUACAUAGAGAUCUUAAAGCAGCCAAUAUUUUGUUGGAUAGUGGAAUGAAACCGAAAAUUUCAGACUUUGGCAUGGCACGCAUAUUUGGCGAAGAUCAAACAGAAACAAAAACAAAGAGGGUUGUUGGAACUUAUGGUUAUAUGCCUCCAGAAUAUGUAAUAGAUGGUUACUUUUCAGUGAAGUCUGAUGUUUUUAGCUUUGGAGUCGUGGUUUUAGAAAUAAUCAGUGGCAAGAAGAACAAAGGUUUUCUUCAUCCAGAGCAUCAACUAAAUCUUCUUGGACACGCAUGGAAACUUUGGAACGAAGGAAGAGCAUUGGAAUUAAUCGAUGUUAUGUUAGAGGAUCAAUUCGAUAAAUAUGAAGCUUUGAGAUAUAUAAAUAUUGGGUUGUUAUGUGUUCAAAGACGUCCAGAAGAAAGGCCAUCGAUGUCAACUGUGUUUUCCAUGUUAGAGAAUGAAAAGAUGCAAUUAAGACUUCCUCAACGGCCUGGAUUCUAUGAGGAAAGGUUUAUAGUAUCCGAUAUUAAUUCAUCAUCAGGCGAUCAACAAACAUCCUCGUCCAAUAAUAAUGUUACAGUUACAUUGCUACAUGGUCGUUAA